CUGGAGGUGUUGGAGGUACGGGAGCUGCUGGUGCUGGAGGCAUUUGAGCUGGAGGUACUAGAGCUGCUGGAGCUGCUGGUGCUGGAGGUGCUAGAGUUGGAGGUGCUGGAGGUACUGAAGGUGCUGGUGCUGGAGGUGCUAGGGCUGGAGGUGCUGGAGGUGCUGGAGCUGCUGGUGCUGGAGGAACUGGAGUUACUGGUGCUGGAGGUGCUGGUGCUGGAGGUGCUGGAGGUAUUGGAGCUGCUGGUGCUGGAGGUACUGGAGCUGGAGGUGCUAGAGCUGCUGGUGCUUGAGGUGCUAGAGCUGGAGGUGCUGGGGUUACUGAAGCUGCUGGUGCUGGAGGUGCUGGAGCUGGAGGUGCUGGAGGUACUGGAGCUGCUGGUGCUGGAGGUACUGGAGCUGGAGGUAAUGGAGGUGCUGGAGCUGCUGGUGCUGGAGGUGCUAGAGCAGGAGGUGUUGGAGGAACUGGAGCUGCUGGUGCUGGAGGUGCUUCAGCUGGAGGUGCUGGAGGUACUGGAGCUGCUAGUGCUGGAGGUACUAGAGCUGGAGAGGUACUGGAACUGUGAUGGUGCUGGAGGUGCUAGAGCUGGAGGUGCUGGAGGUACUGGAGCUGCUGGUGCUGGAGGUACUGGAGCUGGAGGUAGUGGAGGUGCUGGAGCUGCUGGUGCUGGAGGUGCUAGAGUUGGAUGUGCUGGAGGUACUGGAGCUGCUGGUGCUGGAGGUGCUAGAGCUGUAGGUGCUGGAGCUGCUGGAGCUGCUGGUGCUGGAGGAACUGGAGCUACUGGUGCUGGAGGUGCCGGUGCUGGAGGUGCUGGAGGUACUGGAGCUGCUGGUGCUGGAGGUACUGGAGCUGGAGGUGCUAGAGCUGCUGGUGCUGGAGGUGCUAGAGCUGGAGGUGCUGGGGUUACUGAAGCUGCUGGUGCUGGAGGUGCUGGAGCUGGAGGUGCUGGAGGUACUGGAGCUGCUGGUGCUGGAGGUACUGGAGCUGGAGGUAAUGGAGGUGCUGGAGGUGCUGGUGCUGGAGGUGCUAGAGCAGGAGGUGUUGGAGGAACUGGAGCUGCUGGUGCUGGAGGUGCUUCAGCUGGAGGUGCUGGAGGUACUGGAGCUGCUAGUGCUGGAGGUACUAGAGCUGGAGGUACUGGAUGUGCUGGAGUGCUGGAGAUGCUGGAGCUGCUGGUGCUGGAGGUGCUAGUGCUGGAGGUGCUGGAGCUGCUGGUGCUGGAGGUACUGGAGCUGGAGGUACUGGAGGUGCUGGAGCUGGAGGUAGUGGAGGUACUGGAGCUGCUGGUGCAGGUGCUAGAGCUGGAGGUACUGCAGGUGCUGGAGCUGGUGGUAUUGGAGGUGUUGGAGCUGGGGGUGCUGGAGGUGCUGGAGCUGCUGACGGUACGGGUACUGCGCCGCUUUCUACCCGCACCCGCAGUCGUCCCUACCACCACCUGGCUCGGCACUUCAUGA